CAGAAUCAAUGGCGGUUGCGACCGGCCAAAUGGUUGGCCCCUUUAGCUUGGGUGGCUAGACAAAGCAUCGCUGGCGGGCUCCAAUUGCUCCGUUGGUGACGAGUUCACAGCAGUUGUUGAAUGAAGUGAUUUGUUGAAAUGUAGCUACUUCUACUAGCGGAUCGUCCCCCUUCACCUACACGUUGUAGAAACUCGAUUCACAAGGUCUAGGAUCGUCGGAAGAGGGAGCCUGCAAGUGGUGAUCGAGUGUCCAGAGCUGUUGCAGUUUGCGUUCAACGAUCGAAUUUCAUCAGUAGACUUUGUCAUAGUGUUUCUUUGGUACAUCUCUGAUUCCCGAUUAGUAAUUGCAGAUCGAAGCCAAGCGGUUGAGAAAAAUCGGAUUAGUUCAUGCUCUUCGACUGAAGAUUUGAGUCAGAAGUGUGAGUUAAGGUCGUGGAUUGGACAUCAGAAAGACUUCUAUCUGUAUCUUCGAUUAGUAAUUGUUUUUGUUUUUUACAAUUAUUGGAACUGAGGUAGGUAUGCUUAGACUCAAGUUCACCAGAAGCAAUUUUCCAGAGUGUGAAGAGGCUGCGAUACUCAGGGAGCCACCGAAUUAGUUCUGCACCGGAUAAUUGAUAUUUCUCCUUUGAAAUUCGAGUGCCCAGCUCCAAGUGUGGUUCUUCAAAUUUUCUUCCUGUCAACCUAAGAGCUCUUUAGCUUGGCUAAGAAUACACAUUAAGGCACGAACGAACUGAAUGCCGACGAGCUUCGAGUUUCAUCACAAAACCAAGGAAGACAGCUGGCGUUGCGGCAGUUGAGACAAUCGGAGGUGCGGUACUGGAAAAGGAAAGAAGAAGGCACGAAGUAGCGGGGGAGAGGGCAGCGCCGGCGGACAGGGUGUGCGCUCGGCUGUUGCGGCGCUACGUGGAUGAUGGUGUUGUGAUUGAGAGGAAGUUGGAAAGAAGGGAGGUGGCUAGGGCAGGGGAACGAGGGGGCGCAUUGGUAGUUGAUGAGAUACAACAGUUUAGCUGAGAAUGGGGGAAUAUUUGCAGGAGAAGUCUCGCAAAGAGCUGAAGGAGCUAUGUAGUCAGAAUAAUAUUCGAACGGCGGGUGUGAAGCACGAGGAUCUUGUGCGUUUGCUGCGGAACAAGUUAUACCCGUCUGCAUCGCACUCAGGGCUAAGGUCACCGAAGGCGCGAGGAGCCAAGGCACCGUCUCUAUUGAAGGAGAAUGGGGGUCCUUACAAAACUCCAGCGAAGUCGGCUGGCAAAGGGCGGAGUGUAAGUUUACGCAGCUCUCCGCACGAGAACAAUUCACCACCAGAGACCACAUCAUUUCGGAGGGCGAAUUCAGCACUGUCACGGAAGCCCACAUGGACAAAGUCGAACACCUUUUCAUCAGGGAGAGAAGAUUCUCGCACGAAGUCAUCUGGCUUUGAUCGAGGUACACAAGAGAACACUGCCCUUCAUCAAAAGUCUCUGAGAAGGUUUCGCCCGGUUAAUGGACUCUCUCCCUUGAGUCGUAAAAGUGCCGAGGCUCCAGGACAACUUGAAUCCAUACCAUCCAUGGAGUUUUCUGUUCAAUCACUAGAAGAUUUUAAAGACGGACUGAUGCCAUUCACAAACUCAAAUGCCGAAUUUGAGGAUCUGAUGAGUCCGUGCGCAUCGGAAGGCGGCGAAAACAGAACUGGUGUUGAACCUAGUGAUGCAGGAUCUGAUGGCUCUCGGAAGGUUUCAGAGGUUGCUACUGAUGCAGGGCCCGACACUUUGUCAGAUUUUUCUGACAGUGAUGAGUUCCGUAGUGUGUCAAGUGAACCCAUAUCGAGGUUCAGCUCCCUUGGCAAAAGGCUUUCUUUGAGAACUGAGUCCAGUAAAUUGCCACUCUCUUCUGGACAAAGUGAACUCUCUUUCUUUACCGCAGGAAGUUGGGAAAAUGGGACGUCAAGAAGUAUGGACAAUCUUUUAGCGUCUGUUAAGGGAAGAGGAGACGUCGCUGAUGACAUCUUUACAGAGUUCCCAGUUGGUUCAGAUUUCUUGGUUGGGGAUUCAGAUGCUUUGGAACUGUCAUUUCUAGAUGCAGGGGCUGCUGAUCCAGAAAUGAUAGUCAAUGGAAAUGAUCAUGGGGUUGAAAUUAAAGAAUUUAACGCAAUGGAUUCUCCCAUGGCUCGCGACUACGUCAAUUACAACCGUGGUUCUGAGGUGAAAGCUUUACAGAAUCGUGCUAGUUCAAGUGGAGACAUUGCUGCCUGCUUAAUGUCAGAGCAAAGUAAAAAUCUCAGAGAUGUGAACUUGGCAGGCUGUGAUACAACAGAUACAUCUAUCAAAUCAGCGGACUCAAAGAAGGAAUCUACAAUAGGAUCACCAGAACAUGCUGCAGAGUGUACAGAAUCACAUCAUAUCGAUGGUAAGAUAACUCCUGACGAUAGCCUUACUUCUCAGAGCGAGAUCACACCGAAGCAAUUUUGCACUAGCGGCUUUUAUAAGGAGUAUUUUAAUGCAGCUGCAGAAGUUACUGAUGAGGAAUUGAAAUCUGCUGGGAUUCCAUUGAAAAUUGCUUCAAGUCCCGGAACUCCGCACUUGGAGGAAAGGGGAGCUGACACUUCAACACAGCCUGGGUCUUUUUCGGGUGAGGAUGGUAUCUCCAUCGUGUUGGAUGACAUGUACACUGGAGGUCACGCAGACUCUGCCGAGCUCAUCCCCAAGAUUAGCGAGGAUAACGCCGGGAUUCACAGUGAACUUCCUGAGGGUGAAGCAAGCGCAGAAUUAGGUCCACCUACUUUUGGCUCCAAUGACUACAGUGUUGCCAAGAAAUUGGAAUUUGAUCCUGUUCAAAUGACAGAAUUCGCCCCAUCUCCUCAGACUGGGGACAAUGAGGAUGACGAAGACAAAGAAGACGGACGAAUGGACUCACCAAAUCGUUCUGAAGAAUCUACUCUGCAAGUUCCGGAGACUGUCGAAGGUGCCGGAGACUCUACUUCAUUGUCCGAGGUCUCGAAUCUUACUAAACCAAUGAAGAACAAUCAACACGAAAGCGAAGGUGGAGUAAUUCCUGAGACUGUGCCACCAACAUUUAAGUUUGUUUCUUCUGGUAUGGAUUCUGGUGAUUGCGAUUCUGGACACGAAGCAGUUAAGCAGGAUAUGACCUGCAAUGGUAAUCAAGAGGCUUACAAUUCCCCUGUAGAGGAGUUAGGUGCACCAAAUGUACACUGCAAGCACGAUUAUGUGGCAUCCCAUUUAACUACUGAUCUUGAGAAAAGUAAACAGACUUCCGCUGCCGUCAAGGUGCCUGAUACAACGGUAAUAUUCAGAAACAUUGAGUCACUUGUUCCAGAAGACCAGGUCAUAAGCAACGGAGAGAUGUUAUCUGGUAAGCUUGAUCCUUUGACCAACAAAACAUGUGAUGCCGACAAUGAUUACAGUGCUACAACUGCCGAAGAUAUUGAAAGACAUGUCAAUCCGGAUGUUGAACCUGUAUCUCAACCCCAGAUGGUUGAGUCUUCAAUUGCGCCUUCACUUAGUCGUUCGAAUUUUAGUUCCAUCAAGAACACAGCUGACAAUCCAACUUCAAAGCCAGAUCUGUUGGCAAAUUCAAGCUGUCCAGCCGAUGAACAAGAGGGUUCUGGUGUCAAGUUAAGGAAUGGUGAAUAUGCGAACCCUGUUGGAUUAGGGGAUGGUUAUAAGGGCGGACUUGAAAAGGAGAACACACAAACGAAUUUGAAAUUUCCAUUUUCAUUCAUAUUAUGGUGUUCAUCAGUAUGUGGGAGCCGCAGCUAACGCUUCGGAUUUAAAAACAUUAUUACUACGUCGCAAGGCUAUUGACUUAGAAAAAAAGAGAUCGGCCUCAGAAAAGAAGUUGCUGGCAGGCUGAGUGACUACCUCCUUUCUUGUAUUUUCAGGAUUCUGCUCAGUUUCAAUUUGUAAAUUAUGUUGAGAAAAUAUUUAAUUUAAAUACUACCCGAAGCGAUUAGGGUCCCAGUACGAUGCGCCCAUCUGUUUUCCAGGUUGUAAGCCAAGUAAGCCAAGUUAUGCAAAUCCACAUAAAUUGAUGGCAGGAGGUAUGUGACUUGGGUAAGUUUUAGCAUCUAGCGAGACAAUACAGGCAAAAGUGUAAAGUUUUGUUAGUCACAUACUUGUGACUGUUGAUGCGUAUGUAUAAGUAGGCAACAUCUAAAGAGGUGAAAACAAUGAUGUAAAAUUUUCAGCAAUAUAGUUAUGAGCCUAUCGACUUGAAUUCCAGCA